AUGACCUCGAGAUCGAUCAACGACAAUGUCGUCGAGAUCCGAAAAUCGAACCAGUACCUCGGAGCCUUUUUCGCGUCCCUCGGCGGUUUCACGCUUGGUGUGUCGAUGGGAUGGUAUUCCAGCGCUGGCCAGGUGUUCAAGAAUCAUCUGGAAGCCAGCUCGACCGAAAUCGGACUAAUCGGCGUGUCUCUGAACGCUGGUGCCUGCGUUGGCGCGAUACUGGCGCCGUUCGCUGCCGCAAAGUUCGCCAGGACUACGACGAUGCUUGCCGCCAUGCCGGUGCUUGCCGCAGGAUGGACUUUUAUCUGCUUCGCUGGACAACGAGUCAUGUUCCUCAUGAUCGGCCGAGCAAUCUGCGGAAUCUCCGGCGGCGUAUUCUGCGUGUUAACGCCGCUCUACGUGGCGGAGGUCGCCGACAAAAAAAUCCGUGGUCGUUUGCUGUCGUUCUUUCAAGUCUUCGUCAACGUCGGUGUCAUGUACGCUUUCCUCGUGGCGCAUGCGAUCAGCGAACAAGAGACCAUUUGGAAGUACAGCUCAAUUUGCGGGAUCGCGUGCUUCUCGAUCGCGCCCGCGAAAUUGCUGCCCGAAAGUCCGUUCUACUAUUUGUCGAGGAACGACGAAAUCAAUGCCGAGAAAUCCUUGAGAUGGUAUCGCGGCGACACUCACGAUGUCCAGCACGAGAUCAGCGAGAUGAAGCGGCUGAGUCUCGUGACUCAGCGUGGAAAGGUGAAUUUAAACAUGCUGAAAAAUGGUCGAGUUCUGCGUUCGUUCGCGGCCUGCCUCGGGGUAAUGCUGAGCCGUCAAUUGAACGGCGUCAAUGUGAUGAUCUUCUACGCUCUAACGCUUUUCAACACCAUCGGUUCCGGCGAGCUGACCGGAAGCGAGCAAACGCUGCUCGUCGGCUGUGUUCAAAUAUUGGCGUCCCUCCUCGCCGCGUUCCUCGUCGACAUACUUGGACGUCGAAUUCUCCUAGCUGUCUCCACCUUGCUCAUGGGAUUGUUCCUGAUACUGUUAGGCUGGUUCUUCAGCUUACGAGACGCCGACCCGGAAUACGAGGACAUCUACUUCUGGAUGUCGCCAGCUUGGAUCAUCCUUUUCUUCGCCGCCUUCAAUAUCGGCCUAGGGCCAAUUUCUUGGUCGCUAUUGGGCGACGCGCUGCCCGUUGAACUCAGGCUCCCGGUCGCAGCCGGCGUGGUCUGUCUCGGUUGGCUGGUGUCGUUGAUGGCCACGCUGACUUUCGACGAGAUGAUCAUCACCCUCGGCGCCACCAAGGCAAUGUGGCUCUCCGCGGCUAUGUGCUGGCUCACCACUCUGUUCUGCGCCAUCUUUGUCAAGGACACCGCCGGCAAGAGCCUGAUCGAAGUCCAGGAGCAGUUUCGCGUCGAGUCCGACAGAGGAAUAGAGGAGACCUGA